CGCCUCUUACCACAACACACAACUUCAGCUUUGAGGUAAAGCGUAAACUUUAAAAGAAAAACAGAACAGAGAUGGGUUUGGUCACAGAGGAGGUGAGAGCUAAGGCAGAGAAGUACACCGGAGAUGAGAUAUGCCGAGAGAAAACAAAAGUCUUCCUCAAGGAAAUAUCUAUGCCCAAUGGCUUACUACCGUUGAAGGACAUUGAAGAGGUUGGGUACGACAGAGAGUCAGGUGUUGUGUGGCUGAAGCAGAAACAGAGCAUCACCCACAAGUUCGAAACGAUCGAUAAGCUUGUCUCCUACGGAACCGAGGUCACUGCCGUUGUCCAGACGGGUAAGAUCAAGAAGCUCACUGGAGUCAAGGCCAAGGAGCUUCUCAUCUGGGUCAGUGUCAGUGAGAUCUAUACAGAGGAGAAAGAGAAGAUCACGUUCAAGUCACCAACCACACUGUCCAGGACUUUCCCUGUCCCAGCUUUUAUUGUCCCAGAGGAAGUGGAACCUGCCAAGGAAGAACCUGUCAAGGAGAAGAGCAGUGAAGCCGCCGAGGUUACGGAGGCUGUUGCAGUCAAGGAGGCCUAAUCAAGCCGAGAGUUAGUAGUGUUUCUCACUGCUCUUACGCUCAUGUAUUACCUACCACUCGUUUCUGCUUCUUUUACUACCUGUAAUAAGAUGUCACCAACAUCCUCCUGUUAUACAAAAAAAUACCGAAAUUAUCUAUAAACUACAUUAAAGCUGGUUAUGUA